AUGCUGCGGCAAUCCUCGAGGCUUGCAAAUUUUCCACAAAGUGUUCUGAAAAAUCUUCCGCUAAAGCCGGGUCAAUUAAGACGUUAUAUAGCAGACAAAUGUUGUCCAUCAGGAGCGACUAAAAGCACAAAGACCUCUAAAGAUAAACAAGAUGCAACGGAUUCUGUGUCUCCAUUAAAAAAUGAUGCCUUCAAUCCACCAGACUUCCUUCCAAUUAAAGCCUACCGGCCACUCUGCGAUCCAAAUGAGUUGUUCGGGCCGGGUGCGCACAAAUGUAAGGAAUACAAAAAUCCAGAGUAUUAUGCCUACCAUCGAUUCUCGUUUUUUGAACUUCAGAAUGCCACAUUAGAGAUUGCUAAAUAUGCAGAAGGUGGAGUGCUUUACGAAGCUGAAAGUGGAUCAGAAGCUGAGGAUGAAUGUACAGAUGGUGAUGAUGCAGAAGGUGGCAUGGAGGUGGCGAAAGAUGGCGUGAAGGAGGCAAAGGAGUGUAAAGAGAGCAAUGAUGAAAUGAAAAAGAGAAUAGCUAAAAUCGGCGAAGUCAAGAAAGCGGUGGAUGAAAAGGAGCAAAAGGAUAACGAAAAUUGUGAGAAGUGA